AUGACUUCAACCCCAGAGAUGACUUCAACCCCAGAGAUGACUUCAACCCCCAGAGAUGACUUCAACCCCAGAGAUGACUUCAACCCCAGAGAUGACUUCAACCCCAGAGAUGACUUCAACCCCAGAGAUGACUUCAACACCCCAGAGAUGACUUCAACCCCAGAGAUGACUUCAACCCCAGAGAUGACUUCAACCCCAGAGAUGACUUCAACCCCAGAGAUGACUUCAACCCCAGAGAUGACUUCAACCCCAGAGAUGACUUCAACCCCAGAGAUGACUUCAACCCCAGAGAUGACUUCAACCCCAGAGAUGACUUCAACCCCAGAGAUGACUUCAACCCCAGAGAUGACUUCAACCCCAGAGAUGACUUCAACCCCAGAGAUGACUUCAACCCCAGAGAUGAACUUCAACCCCAGAGAUGACUUCAACCCCAGAGAUGACUUCAACCCCAGAGAUGACUUCAACCCCAGAGAUGACUUCAACCCCAGAGAUGACUUCAACACCCCAGAGAUGACUUCAACCCCAGAGAUGACUUCAACACCCCAGAGAUGA